AUGACGUCGUGACGUCACACUAUCCGCCCCACGACCAGCUUCCUCGUGAGUGACCACCGUUGAAUUUCGCGAUCCCUGCCGAUUGCUUCCCUGUUAUCGGGACGCUGUGCAACAGGCUAACAAGUUCGCAAGCCCGGAAAUAUCCACACUUCGGAGGAGUGGUGAUGAGGAGUUCAGCAAACACAUUUGCAGACAUGAUGAACAUACCGGAAUACUAUGCAGGGAAAAAUGUGCUGAUCACUGGAGCAACUGGCUUCAUGGGAAAGGUAAUGCUGGAGAAGCUGCUCAGGUCGUGCCCAGGAGUUAACACUGUCUAUGUGAUGGUCAGGUCAAAAUCUGGCCAGAGCCCUCAGGCCCGUAUUACUGACAUGAUCAGCAGCAAGUUGUUCGAAAGGUUACAAGGUGAACAGCCAUGCUUUGCAGAGAAGAUUAUUGCAGUGAGCAGUGACCUCACAAAGCCAGAACUGGAUCUUAGUAAGGAGAAUCAGACAUUACUCGCUGAAAGCGUCAACAUUAUCUUCCACUGUGCUGCCACCAUCCGUUUCAAUGAGCCACUGAAAGAUGCAAUGCAGUUGAAUGUCUUGGCUACUCAGAAGAUGCUCGCUCUGGCCCAUAAGAUGAAGCAUCUAGAAAUCUUCAUCCAUGUAUCCACAGCCUACGCCAACUGUGAUCGGGAGCUCAUUGAGGAAAUGGUCUAUCCUACCCCAGUGGAGUAUGUCAAACUCAUUGAUGCACUGGAUUGGAUGGACGAUGAACUGGUGUCGGUUCUGACCCCCAAACUGAUUGGUCAACGACCCAACACUUAUACCUACACAAAAGCAUUAGCCGAGUAUCUGGUGCAGCAGGAGGCCGGCGACCUCAACGUUGCUAUUGUAAGACCCUCCAUAGUUGGUGCCAGCUGGAAAGAACCUUUUCCCGGUUGGAUUGAUAAUUUUAAUGGACCUAGUGGAAUAUUCAUUGCAGCAGGUAAAGGGAUCCUACGUACAAUGAGAGCAUCUAAUGAUGCAGUGGCUGACUUGGUACCUGUAGAUGUAGUCAUCAAUGCUACACUGGCUGCUGCCUGGUAUUCUGGAUCACAACAAAAGAACAGGCCCAAAUCCAUCCUGGUUUACAACUGCACGACUGGUGGCAUCAACCCAUUUCGCUGGGGAGAAGUUGAGAACUGUAUAAACAUGACCUUCAAGACCAAUCCUUUAGAGCAAGCCUUCAGAAGGCCCAAUGUCAAUCUCCGCUCCAACCCCUUUACUAAUCAGUACUGGACACUUGUCAGCCACACGCUGCCAGCUCUCCUCUAUGACUUCUAUCUUGGGCUGAAAGGCCAAAAGCCUCGGAUGAUGAAGACAAUCACUCGCCUUCAUAGAGCCAUGAUGGUUCUGGAAUAUUUUACUAGUCACUCUUGGGUGUGGAGCACGGACAACGUAGCCAUGUUGAUGGCCCACAUGACCCCAGAGGAUAAAAAGGUGUUUAAUUUCGACGUGCGGCAGCUGAACUGGGCAGAGUACAUGGAAAAUUACUGCAUGGGCACUAAAAAAUAUGUCCUCAAUGAAGAGCUGUCAGGCCUGCCUGCCGCACGCAAGCACCUCAACAAGCUGAGGAAUAUCCGCUACACUUUCAACACCAUCCUAGUGGUGCUCAUCUGGCGCAUUUUCAUUGCCCGAUCUCAGAUGGCUAGAAACAUCUGGUACUUUGUUGUGAGCCUCUGCUUUAAGUUUCUCUCCUACUUCCGAGCCUCUUCCACCAUGAAAUAAUGACCCAGAGUCCCAGUAGAGGGAGGCAGGGUGGAACAACACAGAAAUGAAGAAUACCGAAUUCCGGUUGUGGUUCUUGAAAGAGAAUAUGCAAAUCUAUUCCAUUGGUUCUGUGUGAAAAAGAGAGCGCAGCCUUCAAAGCAGUUAUACUCGUUGGUCAGCGAUUCAAUAGCAUUCAAAAACAUCAAUGUUGCAUAUGUUUGAUUUUUAUAUACUGUAUUGAUCUCUGACACGCUUUUCAACUCCAAUUAGACAUUAGGCUUAAGAAAGAACCUGAGAAAGGACUCUGCUGGUUUCAGUCAGACCUACCACACCAGGGAUAUCAAAAUCCGGCCCUUGAGCCUUCCCACCCCCCAGUCGAGGAUGUUUUCAACAUGUCCCUCCUCCAACACACCGGAUUCAAAUGAUCAGGAUCGUUGUCAAGAUUCUCAGAGCUUGCCGAUGAGCUGAUCAUUUGAAUCCGGUAUGUUGGAGGAGGGAGACAUCGAAAACAUCUUGGGUAGGGGCUCACAUGGACCGGGGUUGGACACCCCUAUGCUACACUGUCUUUUGUUACUUGAAGCAUUGCGUUUGUAUUCAAUGUGAGUGUGUGAAUGUGCAUGCGCGGUUGCAUAGGUGUAUAUAUACACAAUGUGUGUACGGUAUACAUAGACAUGAAUACGGUAUACAUAGAGAUGUCGAUAUUAGUCUACAGUCGUGGUUUUCCGAUCAAGGUUUGAUGCCAUCGAUUCCGAUACCCCUCAUCCACGGUGAGAUUGGCCAAGUACACUGCUGAUCACACGGAUUAGCUGCACGUUUUUCAAUUUCAGAGCUGCUUCACUAAGUUAGUUUAAAAAUUGAUUACCGGCAACUAAUUUAUUAAUGAAAUUUAAAAAAACAAUUCUAUCCGAAUUUCCAUCCCUUUAUUAUUCAAAAUCAGAACAUUAUUUUAAAAUGAUUAUGAUUGCAUUUCUGGUAUGGUCUGCAUUGCGCAAUAUUUAGGAAAGUUGUAGUAGGCUGUAAAAUACAAGUUGCAGUUGAUCAGUUUAUGCGAUGGCAUUGAAAGGCAUUGAUCGAAAUGACGAUUAUGGACUUUUCCACGGAAAGUGGCCAAUCACGAAAGAUCGAUCGGCGCACCACUAGUAUACAUUAUACAUCACACUGUAUAAGAAUAUAUACAUAUUUAUAUAGAGAGUGUAUGUAUACAGUGGACCACCACAUACCUACGGUUCAGCACCUGCAGAUUCACCUAUUCGUAAAGUUUUUUUGGGGGGUGCGGGGGUAUUUAAAAAGAAAAUCUUUUUGGGGGGGAGCCACCCCUGUUUUCCCUGAAAUGCUUAUUGGAGGUUUAUCCCUGUUUUCCAGUGCAAUUUAUAUUGGGCCACUAUUAUACAUGGAUUUUUGCUCUUUGCGAGAUAGAAGGGGUCCUUUGUAUUUGUAUACAGUAUACAUGAGUACUACAUACUAAUAUAUACAUAUCUAUGUAUACUGUAUCCAUGUGAAUACAGUAUAUGGAUACAUAUUGACUUGAGAUGCCUUAAGAAUUAGCCCAUACUGGCAGAAAAAUUUUACCUGUUGAGAAGGUAGCUGAGGUUGCACAGCAGCGAAUCCACUCGUUUUGAGAGCCAGUUUUUAGUCAGGCCACCACCACCAAAUCUGUUAAGACUAAAGCCAUGUGAUUCAUAUUAAACAUAAAUCUACAACUGCUGACAUGACAGUACAUCUGCUUUAAAGACAGCUUCUAAAUGACCUCUAAAUAACAAUUUCGAUACCUUCUCGGCCAAAGUUCACACCAUAGCUGUUUAUUGCUAGUUGCAAUGCAAGCUACCUUACGUACAAUGUGCUGUAGCUACCAGUGCCUGUUGCUUGCUAGCUAAGCUCAUUUUCAAUGUUGGUCUUUUUUUUUUUUUUGGCCAAAUCCAGUUACUAAUUUGAGUGAGUGUUUAUGUAGCAUUUGUUUUGUUGAAGUUUGAAAAGGUAAAGUUUCCUGUUCAUCAUGUUCAAGAGGCAUUUGCCUCCGCAAGGGCACUUUGACACCAAACCUUUGUCUAACACCCGUCGACUUCAUGAGGCUUCACUGAACGGGUGACGUGUCAGAAGUGUGCGUGUGAGUCUGUCUUGUUUUCCUAAGAACGCUACAUACAAUGUUUGAAUAAUCUGGGCGUGACCUUGCCAAUGUUUGCUCAUGUUGAUUUUGUCUUCUCUUUGGUUUAGGUGACAACUGUCACACAUGUCCUAUGAAUGUCUUGGAGUUAAAAAAAAAAAUGUAAUAUGUUAGUUCCGCAACUUUGUCUUUUGUGCCUGAACAUUUGGAACAAUGUGAAAACUGAGGAGAGCUAUGUUUUCAAACUAUUUUGUGAGUACGGUCGCUCUCUAGGUAGAUUUAUAAUGAAGUUGUAUUUUUGUAAUUAUAUUGUGAGGGUCUUUGAACUCCCAAACAACACUAUCUGCUUCAUUUCUGGAGAUGAUAAAUCAUUCAACUUCUUGCAUCUCAAGCUCAUAGCGAUUUUUGUUUGACUAUAAUAUUCUGUUUUUCUUUGAAUGUAAUUGCAUAAGAUAGCCUAACCUCCUGUCAGCUUCAAACCGUCUGUCAAUACCUUUUUCUUUUAAACUGAGUGAAAUAUAAGCACAUGGAAUCUGGGGUAAAUGACAUAGAAAUGCCAUUCACAAGCUUUGUUCGUGUAUAUGUGUGUGAUUAGGCCAGUUUUGUUGAUUUGAUUUUUUUAUUCUUUUUUUUUUUUCUGAGAAAAUAAGAUCUUGCAUCUCCACUCCAGCUUUUUUGUUUGGCGUUGCACUGAGUGAGACAGAUUAACUCAAUCAUGCCAAAAAAUGGUCAUUAAUUAGCAAUGCACAAAUAACCAAAGCAUCAUAUUGUCUUUGAAAGUAAUUUGGGAUAAAUUCAGAUCCAAACCUGCUGAUAAAAAUCAUACCAGCGUUCCAGCUGUUAUUAUAGGUUUAACUGUGUUGCUUAAAUUCCAAGAAAUGCAAUCCCAAAGAUAUCCGAAUUCAGAAAUUGAAGUUUGCAUCCCGGAGACAUUGAAUUGAUACGGCAAGCGUGAGUGAAUCCUCUCUGAUGCACAGACUGCACAUUUGGUCUUAUUUUGAUCUGAUCUGAUCUGAUCUGACCAUGAUCAUACAUUUCAGGACCUUUCAACACAGUAAUGUCCUUAGAAGUACGUCGUUCGGUAUUUUCCGGCUAAUCAAAUUCUAAGGGCCAGUGUGGGUUUUUUUCUUUUUCCCACCUCUUUGUGUUUCUUAUGCUCUGAUCUAGUUUUGACUGGCACAUCCAACUGAUAGAAUGUGUGGGGUGUAGUUUUUGACAUUCCUUCUCCUACUGAUGUGCAAAACACGAAUGUCUGUGAUGUUUAUCUGACGUUUAAAUGUUGACCAGGAAAAGAUGGCUCGCAUUUUAUACCUUGUCAUCUUUGGAAGCUUUCAUCGCUCGUAACUCAGUCAGAGCUACUGUAUUUGUGUAUUCACCUUAAAAACAGAAUACAUCAACUGGUGCCUGUUACGGGGGGUUUUGUGAACCAAAAAAAUAAGAAAUAAAAGUUUGUUUGAUACA